CCGUAAUUAACCGCAGCAGCUCUGACACUCACGCAAACACACACACUCGCCUCCUUCUCCUCCUCCUGCAGCAACUUUGGACUCUCACCCUUCUUUUAUCGACAGACUUUUAGGUAAGAGAGUGACUUUUUUUCGCCAUGUUUGACUUGAAGAAGAGGAAUAGUUUGACGCUGAAUAGCGCUCGUGACGCGGAGGAGUUCAGGCGUGUGGCGGUCAGGCGGAAAGUGAAAGGCGGUGUACCGGAUUGUCACACAGUGGUGAGCAGUGGCAUGUACAGCUGUGGAGGUUCUUGUGACAGGACCUGUGGAUCAGCACCAGUCUUCAAACAUGAAGACCACCAAAGUCCAACAAAGAGAACCCCCUCCAAGCCACAAGUGCCUCCCAAGCCUGCUCACCUCCAGAGUCCAAUGAGGAGCGCACCACCCUCUUCAUCUAAGCGAUCACCUCAGCAUUUUAAUUGCGCGACGGACAAGAGUCCAAUCCCAGCUUGCUGCCACACAUCCCCGAGUCCAAACAAAGCGGGGGCGAGCUGUUUCCUUCAUGGGGCACAUUUAAGCCCCGUCAGACUCUCCCCUUCCCAGAAGAUCCCCAAGAUCGCCAGCAGCCCCGCGUUGGGGUCUCCAAGUCCUGGCAAGAGGGGCAUCCAGAACUGUAGCCCUGUGAGGGAGGGCGGUCACAGCCCUGCUAAGUUGUCCCCAAGAAACCGAAGCCCUCUAUCAGGAAUACUGCGGACCCCUAGCCCUGUUCAGAGCAAGGUGGGGAGCUACAGCCCUGCUCGGAACUCUAAAUCCUGGCUGGGGUUACACAGGAUUCCAAGCGGGAAGAUGGAGUGUCAAGAGGAGAGGGCGGGGAAGUCUUUGAGUGUGCCUGACCUCAUCGUGUACUUGGACGAAAGAACUCCAUCGGAAAAAGGCGAAAGUUCUCCUCGGCCCGCUAUCACCAUCGAAGCGCCGGCAGACUGCAGACUCGAUCACACCAUGGAGGAAGUCGCUCCUCAUCACGCAAUCAGAGGCGACGAGCACCAAGCAAACUGCGUCCUGCUUGGGGACGAAAAAGCCUCCAAGGUCCUUGUCGGAUCCAGGUUUAAAUGCAGAUGGACUGAGGGUGACCAACGUGAGGAGGAGGAGGAGGAAAAGGAGGCACCAAAAGAGGAGGAGAAGCAGGAGCAGAAGUUGUUCAAGAUAGCCAGUGAGCUCCUGCACACAGAGAGGGCCUACGUGGCUCGCCUACACCUGCUGGACCAGGUGUUCUGUCUGCGCCUCACAGAAGAGGCCGGACGUGGCUCCUUUCCAGCGGACGUGGUGCGGAAUAUCUUCUCCAACAUCUCGUCCAUCUACUCCUUCCACAGCCAGUUCCUGCUGCCUGACCUGGAAGACUGCAUCGGUCACUGGUGUGAGCGGCCAGGUUUGGGCAAUGUUCUCCUGCAACACGCCCCCUUCCUGAGGAUGUACGCUGACUACGUCCGGAACUUUGACCAAGCCAUGGAGCUGAUAAGAAUAUGGACUGAGCGCUCCUCAGCCUUCAGGAACAUCAUCCAUGACAUCCAGAGUCAGGAGGUGUGUGGCAGCUUGACUCUACAGCAUCACAUGCUGGAACCGGUCCAGAGGAUUCCUCGCUAUGAGAUGCUGCUCAGGGAUUAUGUCAAGAAAGUGCCCACCAGUAACCCAGACUAUGAAUUUGCACAAAAAUCCUUGCAGACUAUUUCUAUGGCUGCCAACCACUCAAACAGCGCCAUCCACAAAGCUGAGAACAUCAAGCGGCUCCUUGAGAUCUAUGAGAUGGUCGGAGAGGAGGAAGUGGUGAACCCUACCAACGAGUUUCUAAGGGAAGGUCGCCUGCUCAAGCUCGCUGCCAGGAACACGUCCGCCAUGGAGCGCCACCUCUUUCUGUUCAACAACUUCCUGCUGUGCUGCACGCCAAAGUUCAGCCUCGUCGGGCAGCGUUUUACAGUGAGGUGCAGGGUGGGAGUGGACGGCCUGCAGGUGCAGCAAACCACCAAUGAGGACCACCCUUACACCUUCCAAGUGUCGGGAAAGGAGAAGACACUGGAGCUGCAGGCCAGCUCUGAGCAAGACCGAGAUGAGUGGAUAAAGGAGAUUCGGGACGCCAUUGAUGUGUUCCAGAAGAAAAAUGAGACAUUCAAGUUGGCCUCUAAGGAGUUCCAGGUGGAGGACCCAACGGAAGAGCUCGGCCGCCGCGCACCCCGCUGGAUCCGCGACAACGAGGUGACCGUGUGCAUGAAGUGCCAGGAGCCCUUCAACGCUCUCACCCGGCGACGACAUCACUGCCGGGCGUGCGGCUGUGUGGUGUGCUGGAAGUGCUCCGACAACAAGGCGGCGCUGGCGUACGACGGCAAUAAGCUGAACAAGGUGUGUAAAUCCUGCUACUCCAUCUUGGCUGGACAAAGAGGAGGGAGCGCCAAGAAACAAUCACCAGAGUUCCCCAGCAACUGCGUGAUGAGCGGCUUCCUGCAAUACGGAGACAAUCCCAAAACGUGGCAGCGGGUGUGGUGUGUCAUCACCAACGCUGAACACCCCCUCCUCUCUCUGUGUGCCACUUCACAGGAUGUGAAGCCCCUGUUCAGUAUUCCUCUGCUGGGCUGCACUGUGGAAGAAGAUCCUCCUCAGGACCUCCAGGGACACUUUUGUGUAAGACAAUCCAAAAGCAGCCACAUGUUCACCUGCGAGGACGCAGAUUUUAAACAGCGAUGGAUCGCCGCUCUCAAAGCAGCCGCCACCGGAAGUAACAGCUCAGACGACUGCACGGGCGAAUCCAGUGGGGAGGAAUUUGUCCUUAAUGGCAGUAAGGAAAGCUAAACAUUUACAAGUAGGCAUUCAAAUUGACUUUAUUUCUGAAAUGGUUUACAGUAAAAUAAAUAAAAGUGUUUUAACAUGAGUCUACUACUACGAGAGCCCUGUACAGUUAAUUCAAGGUGGAGAACAGGCGUUACGGGAUCAGAAUUGCCUUAGAAAACACAUUCAUUUGAACCCACGUCAUCAGUGAUAUGAACCGACAGCCGUUGAAUAUCUACACUGAAAGGAAUUCAGUUAAAGCUGACAGGAAACUAGACAGCGAUGGUUCAUGUUUGGCAACAUGUGCUUGUCUUGCUACCACACGGUGAGGGGUCAAAUUCAAACGUAGCGGCUCAGGCGGCAGCGUGCAAAUAAGCCCGUUGACAAUAAUUCAAUUUGGUCUCAGCUCUGGCUAAAAAAAUAUUCAAAUAAAUACAAAUGAGGUUAAAAAUACAGUGGUUCACCUGCCACGAUUCACAUUUUCCACAUAAAAAGACAUGGAUUUGUACAUAAAUGCUUAAAAUAGGACAUUGCACUUGAAGGAUAUGAACAAGGCAAAGACCAGCACGCUACUGUUACCGGUUUGUGUUACAAUGCAGCCUCCAGUCUCCACGGUGGGGUGUAUUUCCUGGAGCAGUCACAUGAUGCUCGGCUCGAAGAUCAGAUCAGAGGCAGCACAAAGAAAAAAAAGGAUGAUGCCACACAUGAUCCAGAGGGCUCGAGAUAGUCAAAAAUGUGAAAUCAAUAUGGGGAAUCGAUAUAUCUCAGCUGCAGCAGAGCUGGUCGGACACCAGCAGCGUGUCAAAGCCGUAGAUCUCCAGCAGGUGGAGCAGGAAGAGCCUGUCGCCAUGAGGGUCCAGGCCCAUGGCUCUCACAUUCUCCUGGGUCAGCGUGGGGUCGGGACUCCCCGCCACCUCGCUCAGGGUUUGGAAAAUCCUGUUGUUCUGCUCCAAGAAAAACCUAAACGUUUAUAAGCAUUAAGUCUGUCAAAGCGGUUGAAGAAGAACCCCAAAGAAGUUUAAACAUCCGAACUCAAUAGACCCUAAUGACACCUUCCAAAAAAACUGCUGUAAACUUGUAUAUUCAUAUUUUUUUUUGCACUUUUUAACAACUUCUGCCUGAAAUAUGCAUAUCAAAUACUAACAUUUUUGCCAUUUUAACCCUUUAAAAUGUACAUUUGCAGGAUGCGUAUUUGCUUAUUCUCACUAGGCCCUGAGAUGGGUCAAUUCUUGGCAGCAACACUGACUAUCAUGUAUUUUUCUUUUUCCUAAAGUCUCACACUCAAGGUUCUUUCACCAAAACAUGCCAGCCAAUGUUGGGAGCAACAUUGAUUUUCAUGUAUUAUUUUUUCUGUAGCGUCUGAUUUUUUUAAAUGAAUUAAUUUUUUUAAACCUCACACUCGAAGUCCUGAAGAAAUGUUUCCCAACUGCUGUAAAAUAUUA